AUGCUCGCCGUUGUCGGUCCCAUGGCCGAGUCGCAGUUCCCUGGGCCCAACAGGGUCGCCAUUCCACGGCCACAAGUCGGUAUCGAGAGACUGCCUCCUCGCCGACAACCGAACGAGCCACGCGAGUCCAUGAAUUAUGCCGUACCGAAGAAGCGAGGGCCAAAGACCGAUGUUCUAGAGGCACUGCUAAAGCGCGUCGAUGGCCUCGAGGCCAAGCUCAAGGAAAAGAAUGUGGAAGAUGGUACAGAUACGGCCGCAGAGUCGCCAGAGGCUCAAAGCGCCGAAUCCGAAGAGGCAGGCCCUUCCGAAGCAAAUGAGCCACCACUGAAGCGCAUCGCAAGCGCCUCCGAAAAGUCCUCCUCUGGAAGCGCCGAACCAAAGUUUUCGAAUCCACGACCGCCUACUUCCGACCAACCAGCCACCGCCAAUGCUACCGUCCCGACGGAAAGUCUCAUCAGCGCAUACUUUGCGACAGCACAUGGUAGACCUUACUUCAUUGUAGACGAGUCUACUGUUCGUCAACGAAUGCAACUCAGAGAAUUACCACAAUAUCUUGUCGACGCUAUGUGUGCUGCAGUGGCCAAAUUUUCUGCUCACCCAAACGGUCACUUGGCAGCUGCUCAAAUGAGUAUAGAUUUGGCUUUCCGAGCCCGCCGAGCUAUUGACAUGGACGACGUAUCUGUGGAAGCAAUACAAGCACUCCUUUUGAUCUGCCUGACCUACAUUAUGACAGGCAAGGGAACCAAGGCAUAUAUGGUGCUAUGUAACGCUAUUACCAUGGCCCUUGGCCUUGAAUUGCACAGAGAGAUCGAAGCUCAAGCUCUAGUCACACACAUGGAGCGCGAAACAAGACGGAGGCUAUUUUGGACUUGCUACCAGCUUGAUAGACUCCUAUCAUGUGGAUCAAAGCGGCCCGGCCUGAUCAGCGAUGAUGCUAUCGUUCUUCGGCUUCCAUCCUGGUCACAAAAGCCUUCCUCAGCACCGACCGAGGGAGAAUUCUUUGACUGUGGCUCAAAUCUGCAGUAUUUCCAGGGCAGUGGAAAGAAGUCCCAGGGGAGUAGUGGGAUGUUUAUUGACAUCUGCCGUAUUCUCGGCAUUACAAACAAAUACCUCGCAGCUGGCGGUGUCAAGGGCGAUUCACAUUUUCCUUGGCACUCACUUUCAAACCUCUCCAAAAUUCGACAAGACCUCGACAUUUGGGCUUCCGGAACUAAUAAUGCCUUUGCUACCAUCGAGUCUCUCUUUGGCCAGUCUGACGCCACAAUUCUAUUCAUGAGUAAAAUGCUCUACCAUCUCGUCUACUGCCUGAUCUACCGCCCGUUCCUCCCGAUUGACCUUGCCGAGCUGUCUGGAAAUGGCCAACAUCAAUCAUGGCAGAUCGAGGCGACAACCAUGUGCUUUUUACAUGCCAAUGCCAUCACGGAGCUUGCAGACCUCGCUAGACAAACUGGACGUAUUCAGAUGCCAGGCGUUGCUGGAUACUGCAUUUUCACUGCAGCGACGGUCCAUGUACACGGAGCUUACUACACCAAGUCACCCAGUAACGGCGACAUGACCGUGUUCCUACCUUCUUCGAGUCUAUUGACCAAAGCAAAGGAAAUGCUCAACGACUUGCGGUAUAUAUGGGCUGACGUCGACCAGCACCGAGUAAAUUUGGAAGGAGUGUGCAUCAUGCAUGGGGAACUAGUUAAGGCACUAGCCUCCAACUCGAUUAGGUAUACACCAGGUUUCCAACUCGAGAACCAUUUCGACAGAUACUCGGAUGUCGGAGGAUCUGACAGCAAUGGCCGCCGAAUGGACGGUACGAGCUUCUACUUAAGAGAUGUUCCAACCGAAUUUAUGGCCGAUCCGUAUGCCGCGCAAGCUUUGCGUGGCGUUCCGCAGCAGUCAACCCUGAAGCGUAAGAAUAACGGACCAAGCCAAGGCCUGACAGAGAUGAUGCAGCUAUCGCCAGAUUCGGCUUCCUUCUAUCCCAAUCGGACUUUGUCGGGCCACCCUGGACAGACAUACGAUGUAAGUGCGCAAACCACAGGACAACUUCAUGGACACGAAGGCCAGGGACACCACGUCAGUGCUAUGCGUAGUACAAUGGAAGGAAACUCGAUGAAUUCGGCUGGGACCAGUGCAGCAGAAAUGAACGGAUACUCCUUCUCACCGGCACCUAUGACGACGACAUCGAGCAUUACUCCGCUGUCAUACAACCCGACAUACAACUUUAACACCUCAAUGGGGAUGCCCGGCGGCCAAACAAUCAUAGGACCUGGUAUGAUGUCGUACGAUCCCAUGUUCGGCACCAUCUCUACAAAUGCAUAUGGUAGCCCGGCUGCAUGGCAUGGAAUCGAUGCGAACGGCCAGCCGAGGAACCAGACUGGCGCCACUGUGCCCAGCCCCAGCACCAAGAGCAACCCAGGUAGCACUCAGGGCGAUGAGAAGGAUCCGUUUUUGACGCUCCUGGAGCAGCUCGCUGAAAACGAGCAGCGUUUCAACAAUGGAACAGGGGAGCUUGACUUCUUCCUCGGUGGAACUGGCGUCGAGACAUGA